UCAUCCUCUGUCUCACCUGCCUUUGCAAAGCUGGAUUCAAGACAGAACUACUUUUGUUUAAGACAGUCAUCCAGACCCCAAAAGAAAUGAACUCCUCAACCUGUGCUUCUGCAAAGAUACCGAAUGCAACCCUGUACCUCCGUAGGGAGAGAGAUUCCAGCAACUCAUCAUUUUUGGACGAAGCUUCCCUGCUUGUGUUGCAAGAAUGGACUAACCACCCUCCUUCCACUGACGUGAAGAUGUUCCUCAUCCCCCCAGUCAUCUGUCUUGUGGCAGCUGUCCUGGUAAUUCCUUCCAUCUUGUUUGUGAUUUUCUCUAGCUUCAGCAUUCGCCAAGAAACAAGGUAUCUGCUGCUGGGAAAUACUUUGCUUUGCGAUUUGAUUUACCUCCUAUUCUAUACCCUGUCUGUGGUUCUCACCAUGGCAAAUAUCAAGCCGCCCAAGUAUGCUUGUGUGCUCCUGUUGUUUUUGCUGGCAGUGACUUACUGUGGAGGGUUGCUCACAGCUGCUGCAAUGGUCCUGGACACUUACUUGGCUGUUUUGUUUCCUUUACGCUACAUUUCUAUUUUGCCAUCUUCGCGAGCAAAAAAAGUGAUUCUGUUAUUGUGGAUCUCUUCUGGAGUCUUCCCAGGGAUCAUCUUCCUGGUUCUGUGGUACACUCAAAAACCUGCAUCCUGCACCAUGGAAAUAUGUUCUGUUCCAAUAAUAUUGGUACUGACUCUGCAUGGAAAUGACGCUGUGAAAUUCUGCUAUGUGCUUUCAGUCACUGCCCUCUUUCUCUGCUUGUCUUUAAUACUCUGUUGUUAUAUUAUUCUGUAUUUUAAAACAAGACAGUCAGGGAUAUGGAAGAGCAUUUUCUCUCGAGCCAGCAUUACCUUCUUGAUGCAUCAUACAAUCCUAUUCUUUUACUUCUCUCCACUUCUGGCCCUUGUUGUGGAAUCAUUGCUUUAUAUCAAUGCUGUCAUUGGACUCCAGACAGGAAUAUGGGUGUCUCUGACAAUAUGCAAUGUCCUGAUGGUUCUGCCAAAAGCUCUUUCACCUUACCUUUAUGGGCUGCGGUAUAGGGAGAUAUCAUCGUCCCUUAAAUUAAUUUUCAGAAUGAAGCGCCUCAGUCUUGUGUCGCCUGUUGUAACACAAUCAUAAGGCAAUACCUACACCACAGCAAGUUCAAAGGACCUGUAUUUGCUAUGUCACAACACACAGAGAUGUCACAGACUGUAUUUGCAGACAUCAGGAAGCCUCAUUAUGCCUAGAACGUUGUACAUCUUAAUACGAGUUCUGCACUGCGUAUUAUGUUAGGCCUUGCUUUCCUCUUGGAGAUUUGGAUUUAAUGUUACC